AUGUGAACAAAACUUACAACCCUCUUGUUUCCCCUCCUCUCCUCCCCUUCUUCAAGAAACCCCAACGAUCCUCCCUAAUUUUCCUUCUCAACACCCCAAACAAAACAACAAAUUUAAAAUCAAUAGAUUUGAAUUUGACAUUGUAAUUAUUGAAUUGUAAAAUUUUGUGAUGCUUCGUCUCUUCCUCCGCACCUUCCGCCGCCGUCGAUAUCCCCUCACUUCUCUCCCUCGCCGCCCAUUUUCCUCCUCCUCCGCCACAUCGCCACCGCCGUCCUCGUCGUCUUCUCUCUCCUCAAAUCCCCACACACGCAACCCCAACCAUUCGCCAGUCCAUUACGUCAACACCACCUCCACUCUCUCUCCUCUCUCCCCAACCACCGCCCCUCCCUUCUCUCGUACAACGACCAUUUCUCUCUCUCUCCUCGGUCUCACCGCUGUUUCCAGCACCUCCUACCUUCUUUACUCCUCCUCCGAGGGCGGCAAUGAUGACAUUCACAGAAUCUCCUCCGCUGUCGAGGCAGCAAUUCAGCGAUCUGCUGAGUCGACUCGCCGAAUCGUCAAUCAAAUGAAGCACACUGGCGCAGCUGCUGCAGUGCUAUGGCAGUCCCUGCAGUCGGUACUCUCUUCCGCCAACUAUGAAGUUCGUUCGGGUUUUGAGUUUAAGGUUGCGGCGUUUUUGGCUGACAUUGCUGCCGCGAAUGCUGCUCGAAGGACCGCCAUUGUCGCCGCUGGUGGUGGAAGGGUUGUCGAUUGGCUACUGGAGACCGUUGCUGGUGAAGUUAGUGGGACCCAGGCUGAGGCUGCUAGAGCUUUGGCUUACUUGAUUGCUGAUCCUAUAGUGAGGCCUCAGGUUUUUGGGAGGCCUCAUUCUGUUCCUUAUCUUCUGAGGUUCAUUUCCUCUUCUCAACCUCAGCGCUCCAAGAAGAAUUCAAGGAAUUCUGAUUCUUUUAGAGGGAGAAGCAUGCUUGUUGCCGCAAUAAUGGAUGUUGUAACUUCCACCUGUGACAGCAAGGGCAAUGUCCGAUUCCAGCCAUGCCUUCCUGCAAAUGCUGAAAUGAGGGAUAUUGCUUCAGCAAUUCAAGUAAUUGAAGGUGGUUUGAAUUUGGAUGAUCCACAUUCUGAAGAUGAUGAUGAUGAUGGUGGAAAAGGACUGAAGGGUAUUGGUAUUAAAGUUCUGGGAGGGACAACCGUAUUAGGACUUUCAAGAACUAGUGGACUCGUGAAUUAUGAUGAUAGUGAUAGUUUACCAACUAGUAAAUACGCUUCAAAAAAUCCUGUUUAUCAUAAAAGAUAUGAUGGCUACCUUGGAGAUGCGAGCUUGUCGUCUGCUGUAGUACCUGGUCUCUGGGAUGAUUUGCAUUCGCAGCAUGUUGCUGUGCCAUUUGCUGCAUGGGCACUGGCCAAUUGGGCUAUGGCAUCGGAGGUUAACAGAUUUCACAUUCAGGAAUUAGAUCAGGAUGGAAAUGCUAUCAUGACUGCUUUAGCGGCCCCUGAAAGAUCAGUGAAAUGGCAUGGGAGUCUGGUUGCCCGGUUACUUUUAGAGGACAACAAUGUUCAGUUAGGUAAUUCUGUUUCGGACUGGAGUUCUUGUCUGCUUUCAACUAUAUCACAAGCUUGUAAAACUGAUGACAUACCUUUGGCACUGGUGGCUUUGUCUGCAUUUUUGCUUUCUGUUGAUAAGAGUCCAGAGGCUAAGAAAGUUGUUAUGGAGAAAGGUCUUGAUUUAAUGAGAGACACUGCUAAACAGACAAUACAACGUAAGGAUAUUCAAGAAGCACUGGCAAGAGCACUAGAACUAAUUUGUACCACUGAAAAUCGUUUAUCUCUUGAAGAAAGUCUUAAAUGGUCUGGUAUCCUACUUCCCUGGGCUUGCGGAAAAUUUUCUUCUGAAAAGACACGAUAUUCAGCAACAAAAAUCCUUUCAUGUGUUCUUGAGGAUUUUGGGCCAUCUUCUGUGCCGAUUUCGCAAGGGUGGUUGGCUAUUCUACUAAAUGAAGUUUUGGACACUAAGACAGCAUCAAUAAAAGGAGUUCCACAGCCUAAAAGCGAUAAAGUGAAGACUCAAAUUGAUCAGUCAAACGUUCAAUCUGGUAUAUUAAUUGCCAGUCAGCUUGCAAACUCUGUUGUUAAUCUAGCUGGAAAGCAAUUGGGUAUUGCCACUGACCGUGGUGACUCAUUCCCCAUUGCCGACCUUCUCUCUCAAGAACCUUUCACUGUAGCAUUUAAAAGCUUAUAUAAAGAUCGGAACCCUAAAUGUGAUGCAGCUGACUCAGCAGUGGCUACCCUGAAGGGAAUCAAAUCACUAACUGAAAUUUGUGCAGAUGAUCUUGUAAAUCAAAACAAAAUCGUAGAUUCUGGUGUCUUAUGCUUGUUAAGGCGCUUUUUGUUAAGAGAUGAUUAUGAAAGCCUUGCUGCCAUUGAAGCGUAUGAUGCAUCAAGAGCUAGGGAGGAACCGGAACAGGCUAGUAAGGUUCUAGAUGAGACAAAGGUAGAUGCUAAUGAUCAAUCAAAGGUCCGAAUUCCGCCAUCUACUCACAUCAGAAGGCAUGCAGCUAGACUACUAACUGUUCUUUCGGCAUUGCCAAAAGUUCAAAUGGUUAUUGUGGCAGAUGCAACUUGGUGUAAUUGGCUUGAAGAGUGUGCUAAUGGGAAGAUUCCUGGAUGUGAUGACCCAAAGAUUCAAAGUUACGCCAGAGCUGCCCUGUUAAAUGUGCUUUGCCAUGAGAAACAGGACUCGGACUCUAAACAGAGUGGUGGUACUAGUACUGGAAUUGUGAAUGAUAGUCGUGUUCGCCCCCGCUACGAGGACAUGAUAUAUCUGAUCAAUCCUGAAUCAAAGCACUGGAAAUGCCCCGAGAAACCCGUAUCUGGGAAUUCAAGUAAAUACUCUGGUGAUGAUAAUGAUAUCAAUCUAUGCAGUACCGCUGAGGGGAUUGAGAAUUGUUCAAAUUCAGAAAAUCCUUCAGUAGACAUAGUUUUUGUGCAUGGUUUGCGUGGUGGGCCUUUUAAGAGUUGGCGGAUAUCUGAAGACAAGUCAUCAACCAAGUCUGGCCUUGUAGAGAAGAUUGAUCAGGAAGCAGGGAAGCAAGGAACCUUUUGGCCAGGUGAAUGGCUCUCAGCUGACUUUCCUCAUGCCCGUUUGUUUACACUUAGAUACAAGACAAAUCUCACUCAGUGGUCUGGAGCUAGCCUUCCUCUUCAGGAGGUCAGCUCAAUGCUUUUAGAGAAGCUUGUCGCUGCAGACAUUGGCAGUCGGCCUACUGUAUUUGUGACACACAGUAUGGGCGGGCUGGUAGUGAAGCAGCUGCUACAUCAAGCUAAGGCAGAAAAUUUGGAUAAUCUUGUUAACAACACCGUUGGAGUUGUUUUCUAUAGUUGUCCACAUUUUGGCAGCAGACUUGCAGAUAUGCCCUGGCGGAUGGGCCUUGUGCUUCGCCCUGCACCUUCGAUAGGGGAGCUAAGAAGUGGAUCUCCUAGGUUGGUUGAGCUUAAUGACUUUAUGCGUCAACUUCAUAAGAAAGGGUUACUUGAAGUUCUCAGCUUUUGUGAGACUAAGGUGACUCCAAUUGUUGAAGGUUAUGGAGGAUGGGCUUUCCGCAUGGAGAUAGUUCCAAUUGAGUCAGCAUACCCUGGAUUUGGUGAAAUUGUGGUAUUAGAGUCAACAGAUCAUAUCAAUUCCUGCAAGCCAGUCAGUCGUGACGAUCCUUCGUAUACAGAGAUAUUAGAGUUUUUGCGUAAAGUGAAAGCUCAACAUACGUAAAUUAAGGAAAGGAGAAGUAUCACAGUGUUUCAAGCCACUCAAAUUAACUCAUUUUGUACAUAGUAGUUCCAUGAAAUUAAAGCUUAAUAGAGAAACUAAAGCUGGCUGAUGAUUUGCUGGAUGUUUUUUGAAGAAAGGACAUGUCUUCAAUGGAAUUUACACGAGCUUCAUCUAAAGUUGGCUUCUUGGUGAAAGAAUUUGUGCAUGUACUGGUUGUCAGCAAUGGAUGGUUUACUCAACUAGAAGUAUUUGCUGAAUGUUUCGGAGGCUUUGUGCUCACCCAUAUUCUGGGAAUGCUCAUUAUGUUACCUGUCUACAACACACAAAGGGCUACCGUCGAUAACAGAAACCAGACUCAUGUAAUCGGUAACAGUGUUACCGAUUACACGAGUCUGGUUUCUGUUAUCGCCGAUUACAUGAGUCUGGUUUCUGUUAUCGACGGUAGCCCUUUGUGUGUUGUAGACUUGUAGAAUAAGUAUAUCUAGUACACGGGGUUCAGCCGGCUCAACAAUCAGCAUACAGUUGUAAAUAAAUAUAUUUGUUGAAAUUGACAAAUUAUUAAUUUGUCAGACUUGUGACAGGGUGUAGCCUCAAUUCUCAUCACCAGAGAAAUCAAUUAUUAUUUAUUUUUGGCAACAA